AUGGCGGAAGAACAAGAAAUGGGUGUCCCAGCAGCCUCUUUGGCAGAAAUCAAACAUAUCAUUUUGAUACUUUCCGGUAAGGGUGGUGUUGGUAAAAGCUCGGUGACCACACAAACAGCACUGACCCUUUGCAGCAUGGGUCUCAGAGUGGGGGUCCUAGACAUCGACUUGACCGGACCGUCUUUACCUAGAAUGUUUGGCAUAGAAAAUAAAUCUAUUUAUCAAGGCUCUGAGGGCUGGCAACCCGUGAAAGUUGAGACCGGUUCCACCGGUUCUCUUAGUGUAAUAUCACUGGGGUUUUUGUUAGGUGACAGGGGCAACAGUGUGAUAUGGAGGGGCCCUAAAAAGACUUCUAUGAUAAAGCAGUUCAUCUCAGACGUCGCCUGGGGUGAACUGGAUUACCUGUUAAUUGAUACGCCCCCAGGAACCUCAGAUGAACACAUUUCAAUUGCGGAGGAGCUGAGAUAUUCUAACCCAGAUGGUGGCAUCGUAGUGACUACACCGCAGGGUGUGGCAACUGCUGAUGUCAAAAAAGAAAUCAACUUCUGCAAAAAAGUUGACCUAAAGAUCCUUGGUAUAAUCGAAAAUAUGUCAGGAUUCAUAUGCCCAUACUGUGCAGAGUGUACAAAUAUCUUUUCUAGUGGAGGGGGGAAAAGGUUAUCCGAACAAUUCUCUGUUCCAUAUCUAGGCAACGUUCCUAUAGAUCCAAAAUUUGUAGAGAUGAUAGAAAACCAAACAUCGAGUGAAAAGACGCUGGUAGAAAUGUACAAAGAAUCCCCUUUAUGCCCUAUUUUCAAAAAAAUUAUGGAUACACUAAGAGAACAAGACAUUACAUCUCGUGUUGCGGAGAAACACGAUUAA